GACGAGACAUUGUCCUCCUCUGUCGUGUCUCCAGCGAAACAAUGCGACGCUGUGGAGAGACGCUGCUAUCUCUCGCAUCAUUCUUGGUGAAUGGAUGAAUCUCUUAUCCCGAAUGGCAAUCCGCGCGCGCGUUGUGGCUUGGGAGCGUGAUUCUAGAUCCGCGCUUGGGCUGGACUUUGCUUUCUCCAUCUCGCCUACGCUUGGUGCUGGCCGACCUUAUAUCUACGCCACCUUCGACAUACCAACCGCUUAAAUUGCGCGACGCCCGAGCCCACAUCUCCUUUGUACCCCCUCCGAUGAUAUUCUCUCCCGGCAAACCAACGACACGCAGGCCCUUGCGCAAAGCCGAUUCAGACUGUCUGAUGCCCUACGCGCCGCCCGCGCCCGAGCGCUGGCAGUCGCUGCGCCUCUUCCUGGCCUCGAUCCGCGACGCGAAUCUGGAGCCGCACCUCCCGCUGUUCCACGCCCAGGGCAUCACCUCCGCAAACCUGCGCAUCAUCGCCCACUGGCCGCACGACGCGAUCCGGCAUGCGAUCGAGCGGCUGUUGCUGGGCACGCCGGUGGGGAGGGACGGGCGGCCGAUGCACGGGCUCUCGGCGCAUGAGGCGGUCUGGCUGGAGGUCGAGAUCCGCGCGCUGAGGAAGGAGGUCGUGUUGGAACAGCCCCACCCGCACCCCCCUCGAGCAGCCGAUCUGCCCUCCCGCCGGGAGCACACUGCAGGACUUCCUCCGCAACGUCCUAGGGCUCGAUCUUUCGCAUUAUCAUGGGAUGCUGGCGUCGCAGGGUAUCAGCGGGUGGAGGAUGUGGCAUGUGCGGCUGGAUGUGACGUUGGCGCCGAGGUAUCUGCACCAGAUGUCGCCGCUGGAGAUAUUGGCGAUCGACAUGGCACGUAUCUGGUGCUUGAAUACUACGAAUAG